AUGAAAAGUAAUGCAAUUCGAAUCCUUUCUGGUCAUUCUAUGCUGGAGUCCAUUGUGUUCAAUCCUGAAGAUGAUCAUCAGGAUCUUUUGUUCUUUUCGAUCUUUAGCAAAAGAAAAAGAGAAAAUUACGAAACCCAUGGAACUAAACUUGAUCUUAUAUUGAUCGCAUUUGAAAGGAGCAUGCUGAGAAAAAUUUGA